CACCGUCUUCGCUUUAUCCUGAACACAACACAGACACUCUCUCUUUCUCUCUGACGCUUCCCUUAUUGCUCUGAAACAUCUUCGUACGUUUUCUUUCACUAUAUUGUGCUCUCUUCACUCUUACCAAAACAAAACCGCAGUUUCAAUCCCUUCACAAAACCAUACUAAACCUCGAUCGCUUCACUUUCAUUCAACUCAACCAACCACUUUUUCUACGUACCAUGUUAGACAACGGUGGAGGUUGUGGUGGUGCACGUGACUCUGAGGUGAGUUUAGAGACUGUGAAUUCGAAUCAGACUCAGAGAAGCUCAAUGAGCAGUGAGAGCAUGUGCAGCACCAGCUUCAGCCGUCUUUCCUUCGACCUCCUGCCGGCUUCGCCGGAGAGUCUCUCACUCAAACCUCACCGCUCCUCUGACUUCGCCUACUCCGCCAUCCGCUCCGCCACGUUCCGCCGUAAAUCCGCCCUCACGUUCCGCGACUUCCACCUCCUCCGCCGAAUCGGCGCCGGCGACAUCGGCACCGUCUACCUCUGCCGCCUCCGCAGUAACUCCAACCACAAACUCGACAACGACGAGCAAAUUGUAGAAGAAGAGGACUGCUUGUACGCCAUGAAGGUGGUGGACAAGGACGCCGUGGCGUUGAAGAACAAAGCGCAGAGAGCAGAAAUGGAACGGAAGAUCUUGAAAAUGCUUGAUCAUCCUUUCCUUCCUACUCUCUACGCUGAGUUCGAAGCCUCUCAUUUCUCUUGCAUUGUCAUGGAGUUUUGCUCCGGCGGAGACUUGCAUUCCCUCCGCCACAAACAACCUAAUAACCGUUUUCCCUUAUCUUCCGCGAGAUUUUACGCGGCGGAGGUACUGGUGGCGUUGGAGUACCUACACAUGCUGGGAAUCAUAUACAGAGAUCUGAAGCCGGAGAACGUGUUGGUCAGAUCAGACGGUCACAUCAUGCUUUCUGAUUUCGAUCUCUCACUCUGCUCAGACGCAAUCCCCGCCGUUGAAUCCUCAGAUUGCUUACACGAUGCCGCGUUUCCACCUGCAUUGCCCUACACUCGUUCACGGAGUUCCCUAAUCACUCCCUUCUCAUGCUUCUCUAACCGCCUCUUCCGGUCCCGCAAGGUCCAGACGGUCCAACCGAACCGCCUCUUCGUCGCGGAACCGGUCUCCGCCAGGUCAUGCUCUUUUGUCGGGACUCACGAGUACGUCUCGCCUGAGGUCGCCGCCGGGAGGUCGCACGGCAACGCCGUGGACUGGUGGUCGUUCGGGAUAUUCAUCUACGAGCUUAUCUACGGUCGCACUCCGUUUGCGGCUCCAUCGAAUGAGGCUACACUGCGGAGCAUCUUAAAGAAGCCUCUGACGUUUCCCACUGCCGCGCCUUCAAGCGCGCUUGAGGUCCACGCGCGGGAUCUUAUAACCGGGUUGCUGGACAAAGAUCCGGCGAAUAGGCUCGGGUCGAAGCGCGGCGCCGCUGACAUCAAGAAGCAUCCGUUCUUCAAAGAGCUCAACCUGGCACUGAUUCGUAUGAUGGCGCCGCCUCGUGUUCCCGGCUCGAGAAGGCAGAAAACGACGUCGUGUAACGCUAUGAAACAGCAACCGACGGCGUCGUUUGGUUAUUACUUUUGAAAAAACGGACAGUGACGUAUUUGUAUAUUGGAGCGAAAAUAUUUAUCUUAGGGAACAUUUUAUUUAUUCUGUUUUUUUAUUUUAAGCUUUAAUAAUUAUUAAUUAUAUGAUGUAGCAACACAGAGUGGUUUUUCUUCAUAAAAAAAUGAAUUAUUAUGAUGUGUAUGAAAUCGAGAGUGGGAAGAGGGAGUAGUUGAAUGUUGCUCCCUUUUUUGGUUGCCCUAUGACGGAAUCGUGAUAGAUUGAUAGGCUUUAGAAACAGAACUUGGUUCUCAAUUUCCUUUUAUGGAAUGCCUAGAUGAGUCUACCGUGGAAAAAUGAAAUGGGGAGAAGGGUACCAAAUGCAGAAGAUUCGUUGCUUAAUUUAUUUUCCUCUUCUUCACACACUUCUUGAAGAGGACAAAUGAAAGAUAAUGUUACAAAAAUCCAACAUGCUUUUUUAAGCAUCUAUGCAGUAUGCAUCAUAGUCAAUAUAUUAUAU